AUGGCCCCCAUCGCCGUCCAAGAGCCGACCCCCACAACCUGUACAACAACAACAACCCCACAACCAACCCAUCCUGGCUUGAUUCAAGUCAACCGCUCCCCCAAAGCCUUCGGCAGCAGUGCCUCCUCUCUUGUCUCCCUCCCGGCAGGCGCCGUUUUUGCCAAAAUCACCUCCGCCACGCCCUCCAAGAAGGCCUACACAUCCGUCCAAACCGGCCAGGACAGCCACAUCGAGCUGAACUCGGACCUGGUGUUCUGCAACCACUCGUGCGACCCGAGUUUGAACUUUGAUAUGGACAAGAUGGAGGUGCGGGUUGUGGACGAUCGGCCGUUGAAGGUCGGGGAUGCAUUGACGUUCUUCUAUCCCAGUUCGGAGUGGGAGAUGGAUCAAGCGUUCAACUGUAACUGCGGGAGUGAGAAGUGCAAGGGGUGGAUUUCUGGGGCGAAGACGAUGGGGAGAGAUGAGCUGGAGGGGUACUGGUUGAAUCCGCAUAUCGAGGAGUUGUUGAGGGAGAGGGACGGGCAGCUGUGA